AAGUCAUCCAACCCAGACGCUCACGGUCUCACAGCUGUCAAUCUGCAGCCUCCCACGUGGUCAGCAGGGCGGGCGCAUCUCAACUAGUUCAACGUGAAACUUUUAGGAGGCAAACAAUUGGACCCAUUGGUAGUUGCAAUUGCACAUCCAUGUAGGAUACUCCCCAACAGGAAACAACGACCCGCAACUUAGUAGGCGCCUGUUCUUUGGUUUGCAUCCAGAUCGCUCCCAUCUGUGUCUGGCGUAACCCCAGUGCGCACUGCUGCUGCCUCUUGUUCCAAUUUAAGACAGUGCUUUGAACCCCGAGUCCAGAGUACCGUAGUUAGUGUUGUGAGUGAGUUAGGUGCGCUGCUUAGUUAGUCCGCGGAGGCUGAUUACAAUUUGGUUGCAACAAAACGAGGUGUUUUGCUUUGUUUUCAUCAAGAGGACUUUGAAGCAGGAUUUCAGCAUGGAUACAGCCAACGGCUCUAUCGGGGAAACUAAGCCGGUGUGUCAGUGUGCGUCCAAGCCCGCGGUCCAGCGGUGGCUUCCAGGUUUUCCCAUCGCACUGUGCUUGCUGAUGUCCCUGAGCUCCGUCACCGUGUGUCUUCUGAUGAGCUUCAAGACCUACGAGCUGGAGAACCGACUGCAGAUGGAGAUGAACAAAGCGUCUGUCUUCCACCCGCCACACAGAGAUUUUCUAAACACGGAUGGGACCCUUGUUCCAGAGCUGAGCACCCCAAUAGGGAGGCUGGUGGAAGAGAAAGUGGUGGUGCUGAUGCCGAAAUUGCGGACAACUAGGGAUGUUGGCCAAGAGUGCUCCUGUCCUCCAGGGCCUCCAGGGAAGCGUGGAAGGAUGGGAAGAAGAGGGGAACCUGGUCCUCCCGGCAAAUCUGGACGGGAUGGAUACCCGGGUCCACUUGGCUUAGAUGGAAAACCAGGUUUACCAGGUCUCAAGGGAAGCCAGGGACCAGCCGGCCCCAAGGGAGAAAAGGGUGACCAAGGAGACAUUGGGCCAAGGAUGGUUUUCCCCCGAUAUGACCAUAGCUUUCUCUCUGGAGAGCAGUCCAACACCUUUCAGAGACGCUUUCUGAAGGGUGAUCAAGGCCAGGCUGGACCUGCUGGUCCUCCCGGUCCCCCAGGUCCCCCUGGUCCUCGAGGCCCCCCCGGGAAUACAGGAAAGGACGGGCCACGUGGCCCUGCUGGAGAGCCGGGUUUUCCAGGUCGAGAUGGCAUUGAGGGGUCAAAUGGAUUGCCUGGGAAGCCGGGAGAAGACGGUGAACCCGGCUAUCCAGGACCACAGGGUCCUCCGGGAGCAAAGGGCGAGCCAGGUAUGGGAGAAAAGGGAGAGAGAGGCAUGGAUGGACUCCCAGGAUUGAAGGGAGAUAAAGGGGAAAUAGGACUGCAAGGACCACAAGGACCCAUGGGUUAUCCUGGUGAAAAAGGUGCCACAGGCUCUUCAGACAUCAUCGACUUCAAUGGGAAGCUUCUAGAUGCUUUCCAGGCUAUCAACACCAUCAGUGUUUCGGGUCCACCUGGACCACCUGGAUCCCCCGGCCGCCCAGGCGAAAAGGGUGAGCUUGGUUUGCCCGGACCAGCAGGAGUCGACGGAGAGAAGGGACCUAAAGGUGACCUGGGAGAAAGAGGACCACCUGGCGAGAGAGGAGAGAAGGGAGAGAUGGGGCUCUCUGGGCCGACUGGUAUGGACGGACCGAAAGGAGAGAAAGGUGACUGCAGAAUGGAUGACAACCUGGUUCAGAUGAUCUCCCAGCCAGGCCCACCUGGUCCACCUGGCCCGCCAGGGGUUCCUGGGUCCCCCGGAUCCAUGGGGCUGCAUGGAAUGCCUGGUCCUAAGGGCGAGCCUGGAUUUGGGAUGAAGGGAGAGAAGGGCGAAGCUGGUACUCAUGGAUCUCAAGGAUUAGAUGGGCGGCCGGGCUCACCUGGGCCUGCAGGGUUAGUUGGUCUUCCAGGUGCCAAGGGAGAAAAAGGCAGACCAGGGGAGCCUGGACUAGAUGGUUUCCCGGGUAUGAUGGGAGAUAAAGGUGACCGAGGGGAAAGAGGAGAAAAGGGUGACAGGGGAACAGUGGGAAAGCGAGGUCUAAAGGGCCAGAAGGGAGAGCAGGGUCCUCCAGGCCUAGAUCAGCCUUGUCCUGUGGGGUGUGUUGAGACUAAAGGUCUUUCUGAGGAGGCAAGGCUUUCUUCCCCUCAACCUCCACCUCUUCCUCCUUCCGGCCCUGAGGCCCCCUGUCCUGUGGGUCAUGAUGGGCUGCCCAUACCAGGCUGCUGGCACAAGUGAUGACUAACCAGCAGCAUGGAAUCUGUACAUAUUGAUAUGGUAUAUAUUGGAAAUACUACACCAACAACCCACUUUUCCCUGUUUGUUUUUUUUUUCACAUAAAACUUUUUAUAUAAUAUAUUGAGAUUUUUUUAACAAGGACAUUUUUGAAUCUACAGUAUUAUGAAAACUUUUUUUUUUUAAACUCUAGAGAUCGAGUGUUGUUGUGAAUGCAGCUAUGGUUUUGAGAAGAAAAAAAACUGAACUGGCAGUGGGACUCUUACUUUGAAGGACAGUCCAGAUGACAGUGUUGGAGUGCCUUGACGUUCUAGCUGCCUUACUAACAAAGUCUGACUUGCUGCCUGAUUGUAAUCAUGAACGCUGUAUGGAUAUGACAGUGUGUGCACUCACCCAGUUCUGGCGGAUGGUUGGAUGCUUGGCUGUGGCAGAUGGAGGAAUGUGGGUCAGUACUCUCCUCUCCUCUCUCUGUUUUCUAAAAGGAGGAAAUGGCAAAACAGAAGCUCAAACGCAAGCGUCUCUCCCAGCCCUGAACGGGUUCGGGGCCUGGUGGAGAAAGGACACGUAGAAAGGCAGAGAGCACAAGGGGGCAGGUUGGCCUUAAUGAAGAAGAGCGAGCCAUGUAAUGCCUCGGUGUCAUACUGAACACUCAGAUCCUCCAUUAUGGAGACUCUCCAGGAGGGGGGGCAACAGAGAACACUGCAUCUUCACAUUCACCUGAGAAGAAAAGACACACCUGUGGCUGGUGAUGUUGCGCAAUAGCUUGAUAACCGGUCAAAGUUAUUUGGGAGUCACUGUCGUCACUGGCACAUAAGGAAGGAUUAACUGCACAGAUACAUUGAACAUGUUGUGGUGAUCUCUUGUAUGGCUCUUUUGUAAAAGGUUUUCACUAAUUAGAUGCAUGAUCAUAACAAGGCACAGUGUUGUUUUAGCAUCCUGACAGCGUGUAUGACUUGUGGUCCCUCACUGAAACCUCAAACGACAGUAGAUUAAUUUUUAUUUGCAUUUAAAAAGUCUUUCCAUUUCAACAAGCCACUCAGAUAAGUCUACCUUUUUAUGGCUUACACAUGUGGCAGUGGUGACUUGUGUGUUUUAUUUUAUUUGUUAUAUUCUUACCAUGUUUUUUUUUGUCCAGUUACAUUUUGCAUUCCUGUGCAUUGCCAUGGUUGUGGAAUAUAUAGAUAGUGAAAUUUCAAGGCCAGAUCUGAAGGAACCAUUUACAGUAUUCAUGAUAAACCAGUGUUUCAGUUGCCAGUCAAAUUAUUUCCUUAAUUGUUUUCAGUGUAACUGAUACUUUUCUUUUUUUUUUGACUGAUCAUUAUCCUUUAAUCACUGAUGAAGACAUGUGUAAUUAAUGUUGCCAGUUUCUCUGGACAACAGUGUACGUUUUUUUGCUGCUGACUUAAAUGUGUGUUGUUUGUUUGAUAUUUUGAAUCAAUAUUAGUCAUUUGGACUGAAGGACUAACAGACUAAAGUAUGAAAUUUGAAUCAAUUGUAUCAUUCUUUUUUGGGAGAUUAGUCAUUUUUAUUCAGCAAUACACCUUAGUGUUUAUAACUGUCGGUUAUUUUUGCAUUUUGUGUAUGUGCUUUCAUCACAAACAGUUUUAGUCUUUGCGAUCAGAUGACUUUUAUUGGUGUGUUUUGGUCUUUGUCAUACAUUUUUUCUCAGAUGGAAUAAUGUUCAUGGUGCUUAAAUACUUUUAUGUACCCAUUUAAAGCUCUACUCUGCAUAUUCAUAUGCAAAACCACACACACACGUCCAUAGAUACACAUGCAUUGUCAUGCUGAACAUAGGAAGAAAUUGCACUUGUACUAUUUUCAAAUAUUUGGCUAAAUGUAUACAGGACAGAGAUUAUAUGAAUCAUUAUUUAGUUCUGGAUGCAAAGACAUGGACAUGAAUGGGAAAUUGUGUUUAUGUUUCAUAAUAGACAUCUGUAUAUUCUACAAUGGUAUUAGUUGCACUUUCUGAUAUAAUAUGAAUAAUAUUCAGCAUUUUUUUAAGGCAGAAUACAUAUUCAGAUUCAGAUUAAUCUCUAUGGCACGACUGACGAACAACCAUUUACAACACGUGUAUGUUUUAUUGGUUAGCAGCACAGGGUGCUAAACGUUUCUAAUUCCAAUAAUUGCCCAUAAACAACCACAAACAUCGCAACAUUUUAACAUUUCAAACAGGGUCAGUAUUACUGUUUUUUGAUGUUUUGUUUUUAGUUUUUUUUUUCAGGUGAAGAACAUAAUGUUGGUUUGUGAUGUAUUAAAAUGGAAUUUGUUAUUCCAAUAAUUAGUUCAAAGGGCAAUGCACUAGAAGGAUAACAGUGUUGGUUCAGUUCAUGCUGAAUCCAGAAAACACACAGUACAUUGGUAACGCUGACUUCCUCUUUAAUUAAACACAUCUGCAAGCUCACUUGCAGACUGGUUCAUGUUAUGUCGCAAGUCAUGAUGUAGGCCACAUAUCCCAGAAAUGACAGUGUAACAUAACCUCUUAUUAACUUUAUUUUUUGCAAAAAAUCAUUUUACAAAUCUGAAUUACUGACAUCACACAAAACAAUUUCCAUAUCAGUGAGAUAAAUAUGAUGUGAAGUUCCAUUCAGUGUUUUAAGUUUAGAUGGGUGUGGUAAGAAAAAGUACACUGCACCACUUGUUUAUGAGGUUAAAGUUUUCAAUAAAAUAAAAAUCUGUGGAUGAGCUGCAUAUCAUUUGGCUGAAAUAAAACCGCUGACAUCCAAAUGUAAUUUGAGAAUCAUAAAA